UUGAGCGGGAAAAGAAAGGCUGUUCUUUAAUUCUGAGAACAUCUCUCUCGUUCACUAACUUUUAUUAUUAUUAUUUUUAUUUUUUUGACCUUUUGCUUUGAUUCUUUCUUCAGUUCUCCUCUCGUCUCCCGUGAGGCUCUCUCUCCUCCCUCGCCCGUCCAAGAACUAUUAAGAUUCGUUCGCCCUGAUCCGUGUAGCCGAUCGCAGUCAUGGCAGUCGCCGAGAUCUUCUCGAUUCGGGAGUACGCGUGGAAGAUGAGGGGCGUCGACUAUGAGAAGUGCUGGCCAUUUUUGGAGGACCGGAAAGGGCGGUCUCUGCCUCCGAUGCCGAUUCGGAAGUUCCAGUGGUGGGCAGACGAGCUGCGGGAAGUUCGAUCCGUGGUCGAGGCGGCCGGUGGUCUUGAUUUACGCAAGGUUUCCGUGGAUGCUGCUGCUGUCCAAGUACAGGUAAAUAUCUCGGCAGAGACUUCUGGAGUCGACCUGGAAAGAGACCGAGAAGCUUCAGCAGAGGAGCGGCAGGAGAGAACUCGCCCUCCGUCUUCCCGGGCAAAACAAAGAACGCCCAAGAAAAGGUCCAUUAUCGAGCUCUUUGCGGUGGCCCCGCCGAUUCGUAUCACACAUGAGGAAGAUCGCCAAGAUCAUCGACGCGGUGGCGGCAAGAAGCAAGGAGCUGCCGUCGCGUCACAUAGCAGUUUGCGGGUUGGGGACGGGAUCGAAAUAAGGGAAAGAAAGAAGCGGAAUAAAGAUGGAUCAUGCCGGAAGAUGCUGAUGGAUAAGAUUGGGGCAAAGAAAAAGUUAAAGCCUAAGACGAAGGUUAUGAAGAAACACAAGCAAGAUGAGAUCCGUGCAGCCAAAAAGGAGGAAACUUGUAAGCUUUACAUGCCAUCUCCAGCUGAUGUGUACAAAAUACUGAGAAGCAAAGUGCAUGAGAAGCAGGUUAUAAAGAUGCACAAAAAGCUUGUUCAUAAACAGGUGAAGACAGCAACCAUGAGAACCUUAUUAAAGAAACAUAUCUUUAGACUUGUUCAGACUUCAAAGUUUGUACCCAGAAAUCAGGGGGUCACAAGGAUACCUCCUGGAAUUACUAGAGUCAAGAAGAGAAAAUCGAGCAAUUCUACAAAGAAGAGAAAGAAAAGGGAGAAGCCAUUGGAUAGUGACCUUGUGGAGCUUUAUCAUGAUCCAACCGAAAAUUUGACUAUUUCUGGUAAAGGUGACACUCUACUGAAUGCCAGAGGUAGUUUACCUCUGCAGCUGCCUCAUUUGGGAACACUCUGCAAAAUAGUUUCUGAUGUUUUGACUGCAUCAUCAAGUACAGACAGUUUAAGUAAAUAUCCUUCUGCAAGUGAAGGAGCUCAGUUAAACACGAUUGAUGAAGAAACACAAAUAAUUUUGAAUGGUAAAGAGCUUAUUACUAACAGCAUCCCACCCAGUGAAACUUCCUCAGAAACGCAAUUCAAUGGCUGUUUUGCUCAUGCUGCUGCUAAUUCCUCGAUCGCAAAGAGUACUCCCAUGAUUGAAAUUUUGGAUCUGAAUCAUCCAGUCGAUGAGAACGUGGAUUUAAAUUGCAUAUGUCAGGAUGGCUUUAUGUCAACACCUAGUUCCAACUGCUCAGUUGAUAUGAAUAAUCUUGGACUGGUAAAUAAUAGUAGGCUUGAUCCAGAAACUGGGGUCUGUCAAGAACAAAGUCUUUCUAUUUCAGCAGACCAUACAAACAGGUCAAAAGAUCCUAUAGGCAAGGGUAUUUCAGUUUCUAAUGCAUGUAGUAAUCUUACUCUUCUCUGGAACCAAGACAGUUUAUCUUGUUUAGGCCAAAGUCACUUGAACCCAAUUGUUGGAAAAACUCAUCCAAUGCACCAAGUAAUAGAUGCAUGCAAUGAUUUCCCUAAAUUUCACCAAACAUACCAGUUAGCAAAAGAUACAUUAACUAGCACUCACUCUUCUGUUUAUACAAAAACUUUUGUAGAACCAACAUCAAUUGGAGGACCAAUUAGGAGGGACAAGUUUAAUGAAGGUUUCAUCGGAUUGCCUCUUAAUUCACAGGGAGAGUUUAUCCAGUUUCAUCCAAGGACAAGAUAUGAUUCUUGUGAGAUGGAUAAGGUUUCAAAAUCACAAUUAAGCUCUCUUCAGUUUUUUCCUUCCACUAGCCAUUGUCUGCCACACUCUAGCUAUGUCUGGACUAGAGGUAAGUUUCCUUUUAUUUCAUCAAACCAUGAUGUUGAUCAGAAUUGGUUCUUGAAGCAAUACAAUUCACCUAGACAAGCUGUGUUAUCUGACUUGGGUUCUGUUGAGUUGCAAGCUCUUGAGAAACUGAAGAAUCAAACCUACGAUGAAAAGGCUCAAUUUAAUCACUGUGAUCCAGGACAACUGGAAUUUUCUCAUCCCACUUGUAGGGAUCAUAUUAUAACUGAAAGUUGCUCUGAUAGUAUUGAGUUUCGGUCAGACAGAGCCUUUGAGCUAGGCAUGCAAUCUGUCAUCCAACCAACAAUGCGCUUGAUGGGAAAAAAUGUGACUGUUGGUAGCUACAACAAAGAAUACCAUGCUACAAAUUGCCACAACUUGAGGAUGUAUAAACCUGUUUCAAAGAGAUGGCCUCAUGACGAUUGCAUUGUUCAAACAGAAUCUGGGUCAUUGGAGAUCCCUUCAAACUAUUGUUCCAUAUCACCAGAGAAAUGUACACCUAAUUGUAUGCAUCUUGGUUUUGGAUAUGAGUGGACGUUGAAUGGUGGAUGUUCCUCAACCAGUGGAGACUGUGGGUUUCAUUUUGACCUUUCACGAAGUUUAGUUCCCUCUCAAUCAUUUCUGAAUAGACACUCUACGGUUCAUGGCAGAGUGGAAACUCAGUCUGUUGAUGUGGAGAAAAGGAAAAUGUUUUGGAGUCCAUAUCCCCCAAACAUACGCCAUCAUAUGCUAGUAAAUUCAAACAAUUGCGAGCAUGGUCAAAGUCUAUCUUAUAGUGUUCCAUCAACUUCCCAUCCCACUUUUCCGAGUCAAGUUUCUACUCAAGCAUCAAGAGCAACGCCUAUACAAAAGCUUCCACAGUGGAUGCAAGAUUCAACAAGUUCCCAUCAUUUUAUUCGUUAUCCUACUUCAAUGUACCAUUCGUGCAACAUGCAGGCCAAUAGUGGUUAUCCUCACGCUUCCAUGCAUCCAAGACCAGUUGUGUCUUUCCCUUCCAGUAGUAACAGUAGUUCACAUACAUAUGAAUCAUAUGCUCCCAUCAUGUUUGACCCUUCCUCCAUUACUGGGUCGGCAACAAAAAAUUACAGUUUCACAUCCUCAAAUUAUGGAGACAAAAUCAAAGUCAAUUAUGACGGUGGAUUCAUCUUUGUUCAUAAUAAUAGUCAAGAUCAUUCUAACAAAGGGAGAAAAAGAUUUGCUUCUGCAGACGAGAAAGACAUAGAAACGGCAAAAAGGCCUAACCUCAAACUGCAAAAAGACUUAAAUUUUACAGCAUCAGGGAGCAGAGAACAGCCAGUUGGACAGAAAGAUAAUGCAGUUGCAUCCGAAGUGAAUGCUUGUGUGAGUUCAGCGGUUGAUGUCAGCUGUCCAGUUACAGAUAAUGAGAAAGAUAAUGUGGUAGCUUCUGGUGGAUUUGUUUGCUCAAAAUCUAGCCAUAAAAGAUCAGGACCUGUCAAACUUAGUGCAGGAGCAAAGCAUAUACUGAGGCCCAAUGGAAGUCUGGAUCAGAACUCUCCACCAAUUUAUUCGACUGUAUAUUUUACUCAAGCAACUAGUUCUAGCAAAGAUGAAAAGGAGAAAGCAGAAAAAGUCUACAGGUUGUAAAUUCUUACCGAGACAUUUCCUCCAUGCAAUGGGAUUCCAGAAUGCUACUUUGGUUUGAUGGAGACAUCCUUAGUGGGCUUUUAACGGGUUCGGUCGUUUAGUUGACUCUAUGAUAACGUCUCGCUGAAUGUGUAAGUAUCGUGCCAGUCAAAAGGAGAAAUUUUGCGGGCUUAAUGUUGCCAAAAGGAGAUAAUUAUGCCGGCUUGAUGCGGACUUUAUCCGUGUUCGCAAUACUGAAGCGUCUGUUUUCAUCAACAAGUCAAUGUGGAUUGUAUUCUAUUGUCCUCUGUUUAUUAGGUUUGAAAGUCAUAUUUCUGCUGUUACUUUAUAAAUCAUAAAUGAUGCAUAUUCGGUGUUAGAACCUUAUGUGACUCUAAUUUCAGCGGCAUUCAUAUUCUUUA